GUAAAACGCUGGCAUAAAUACCGGCACUCAUUGUCGUCCAUAGGACUUGCUUCUUCGCAGCCUAACCAUGCUAGGCACGGUAGCGUUGGUCGUCUGGACUGUGGUCGUCUUGGGUGCCACUAUCGCCAUUGUUCAACUGCUGCGUUGGCGAAAAAGGAACUUCAGCUACUUCAAGGAUCUCGGAAUUCCUGGACCGACUCCGAACAUCCUGUGGGGAAACUUGUGGGAAUAUCACCGAAAGGGAAUCACGAAUGCCAUUGCUGAGUGGUGCGAGAAGUACGGAGACGUGUUCGGAUUUUACAAUGGAGAUGUGCCGACGCUUGUCGUCAAAGAUCUUGACUUCUUAUCCUACGUGCUUGUGAAAGAUUUUGGAAACUUUAUGAACAGAGGGACCACGAUGCGCACCGACGAGCAGCACCCGCUGCUGGGCCAGGGUCUGCUGCAUGCCCGUGAUCUGCAGUGGAAGCGCACCAGGAGCGUCACCUCGUACGCCUUCACCGCCACCAAGUUCAGACAGGUAUUUCCACAUUUGGACGAUGCGUGCGAUCGGUUCCUGGACUUGUUGGCCAAAAAGGGUGACAGUGGCGAAAAGGAGGUCGCCGCCUACCAGCUGUUCAAGCCGCUCGCCAUGGAGUACAUCUGCCGCGGCAGUUUUGGUAUUGCAAACAGCUUCCAGGAAGACACCCAGCACCCGCUGCUCCGCAUGGCCACUCAGGUGCUGCCGGGUACCAUGACUGGCCCCAUGCACAUGAUCGCCCAGUGUACGACCACGUUGCAGAGCGUAGUGGCACCAUUCUUUUGGCUCAACAGCAAGAUUGGCAACUUCACCUACGACCGGUUCUCGAAAGACGCCUACAAAGCCGUCGACGUCAGGCGCAAGAACCCACUGCCCGACGGCAAGAAAGACAUUUUGCAGAUACUGCUCGACGCUGAAACUGAGGAGGAAGAAGCUAAAAGUGAAGUGACCAACGGCGUGUUCAAGAUCGAAAAGAAGAUGUCCGCAACGGAAAUUUCUGUCAACACUGGAAUGCUCCUAAUUGCCGGUUUCGGAACGACCUCCGUGGCUCUGAGCUUCGUGUGCUACAUGCUUGCGAAUCACCCCGACGUCCAGGAAAAAGUGAGGGAGGAAGCGAAGCAAGUCAGACAAAAAUAUGGUUCCCUGGACUACACGGCGGUGACGCAAGGCCUCAAGUACCUGUCGUGCGUGGUGGAUGAGACGCUGCGUCUCUUGCCUGUGGUCGUUGCGUUCGUCACUCGGUCUGCGCGGGAAGACUUCGAGUACAAAGGUGUGAAGUACCGCGCUGGCCUAAGCAUCAUGUCCCCGACCAUGGUGGUGCAGAAGGACCCCAAGGCAUGGACUGAACCCGAACGCUUCGAUCCAGACAGAUUCCUGCCAGAGAACGCGUCCCAGCAGCACGGCAUGGCGUACCAGCCGUUCGGUCAGGGUCCCCGCAACUGCAUCGGCAAGAGGUUGGCGCUCGUCGAGAUCAUCUACACCGUGGGCCGCAUCGUGGAACGCUACCGCUUGGAGCCCGGACCUUCACAGAAGGAGAACCUCGAUCUUCGCUUCUACGCGAUGGUGUGCGAGCCUCGCGAGGGCCCCUGGAUCAAAUUCACACCCAUCCCGAGAGAGGAGCAAGCCUGAGGCUCAGGGCGAAAGCCGACAGAAACCAUCGCCUGCAUUCGCCACCCGUGCCUUCUGAAGCACCGCCUGCAACAUAUAUCCACGAGAUUAUCCGAAGGUUCAGGGCACAUAUUCUGGCGUAUAGCCAGACCUUAAAGCUCUCGCUUUCACCCGUUGGCAGGGCGUGGAAAGUUGUACUGGCUAUUGUAUAUAAAUACCAUCAAGCUCUA